AUGUAAACUACCGAAAACCCUUAGCUUUCUUAAUAAUGCAAUGCUCCACUUAGUUAAGAUAGUCUAGCAGUGUUAAAAAAGCCUUAAGACAAACUUACAUGGAAUCCAGUCAUUAACAACCAUCUCAAGAAUAGAACACUAAAUUCUUAAGGAGAUUAUGAUGAAAUUAUGCAGAACAAUUUCAUUUAUGUAAACACAAAUGCUAAUUAAGAAAUAUAUCAAGUUUAAGAGAUAACCUUUUUCCUUAAAAUGAGAAACUUAGAUCAUACUAAGAGCUUAACUUAAAUGAAAUACUUCUUUGUUAUUGUGGGCUUGUUCACUCUAUUUUACUACUAUAGAGCUAUUUCUCAUUUUUAAAUGGAUGAUCUUGGACUUAUAUAAAAAUGGGUGUUUGUUCUUUUGGUGCAACUAUUAUUCUUCGAUGAUCCAUUCUAUGCAGCAAGAAACAUAUUCCCCUAUAGUUCUUACUCUAUCAUUUAAGCACUUUGCUAGGCUACUUUUCUUUCAAUGAUACUAUUUUUCUGGCUUGUCAAUGAAGUGAUAAACAUUGAUGAAAGAAGAUUUUACUUGCCUAAAGUAGUACUUUGCCUCUGUAUUUGGGUAGUUAUGAUGCUUUCAUCAGGCUAUCUAAAUCUUUAAUAAAUCAGCGAUCCCAGUUUUUACUGGAGAGACGAUAUUGGUUCAUUUUACUCUACUAUGCAGAUUUUGACAGUCAUAUUAUUUUUCCUCUACUUUACAUACUUUGUCAUCGUAGCCUAUGUUGCAUUUUUCUAAAUAAAGGAGAUGAAAAAGUCUUAUAAAUUUACUGUAAUGUACGUAUCAUUCUACUCCUUAAUGAAUAUUUACAUGUUCAUUAUUGCCUAUUUGUAUUCACCAUCAGUAGACAGUUUAGAAGAUUUACAGUUUAAGCAAACAAGAAAAGAACAUGAACAUAUUAUGAAUCAGUUUUAUGAAUAAGAACUGCCAGACAUCUCGAAGGAAAUGGAUUCCUCCAGAGAAGUCUUGAAUAAAGACAGAAAGAAAUCAAAAAAUGGAGUAGAAAAACGAAGAUAUAUGAAGAAAGAUCCUGAGCAAAAGGCAAAAGAUGUAAGCGAACUUAAUUAUUUAUAAAUUUCAGAAAUUAUGGGAGAGUAUCAUCAAGGAAACAGAAGAUGA